AUGACAACUAAUUUAAGUUUAAGUAAUCAUAUCAUAAAUAAAUCAACUUCAAUUGAGGAUACUGUACCGUGUAAAGAAUUAACACGACUUGAAAACGAAGCAUCAAUUUUUACACCUAAGUCGCAAAACAGUGAAGAAAUAGAACCUUUAAAAUUUUGUGAAGCUGUAUUAAAUAGUACUGAAAUGAGAGAUAUUGAACACGAAUUUGACAAUAGUUUUUUUGAUUAUGAGAAAAUAAAUUUAAUAACGAAACAUAAUAAUAAUUGUACUCGAUUUAAUUUUGACGAUGAUGGAAGAAAUGAAUUUGUCAAUAUUCUCAAUGAUAAAGAUCAAAACGAUCAAUUAACAUUAAACGGUGAACAAAGGAAUGUAUCAAAUAUAGUAGGGUAUGACGGUAUGUCUCAAAUUUUCGAGGGAAAAUUAAAAAAAAAUACUGUUUAUAAUGAUGACGAAGAAUAUUAUGAAGACGCUAUUUACAAUCAUUUUGCAGAAGAUGUUCACGAUAAAUUUGAAAUAUUUGAACCACGUGUUAAAAAUGUCAAAGACAUUGUUUCUAAGGACCUGAAUAAAGUGAAUGACAGAAUCAACAAAGAUAAUGCAGAUUUAAUAUUUAGUUCUGAGUCAUUGCAGCAAGCCCAAAUAUUGGGACAAGUAGAUAAGAAAUUUAUAGCCGCUAGAAUGCAAAGUCGAUAUUCUAGCGGUGGAAAAUCAUCCCAUUUUUUAACUUUAUUUGAUCAACAUGCUGUAGAUGAGAGAGUAAGACUUGAAAGGAACUUAUCAGAUUAUUUCGACGGAAGCAAAUGGAAAAGCGUCGCCUUCGAGAAAUUUCAAUUGAAACUUAGUCAUGAUGAUUAUUUUUAUCUUUACAAUUAUAAAGACAAAUUUACUCAAUUUGGAUUACAAUGGACAUUCGCCGAAAAGCAUGUAUUAAUUCAUGCUGUGCCGGAAGCGAUUUUAGGUAAAAAUCCUAGAAAGGCGGAAAUUGUUUUCACAGCUAUCAAAAAGCUUAUCUCUGAACAGAUUGAUUUAAUACAAUCAAGCAGAGGUAAUGUUUCUUCAUACCCAAAGUGUAUAAUGGAACUUAUUUUUAGUGAGGCUUGCAGAUAUGCCAUUAAGUUUGGUGAUCAGUUGUCUAAAGAUGACUGUGUUAAUAUGAUCGGUGCUCUCGCAAAUUGCAAGACUCCUUUUCAAUGCGCACAUGGUCGACCUGUUAUGGGAAUUAUCAUGGAAAUACCGAAUAAUAAUCUUACUUAUACGGUUAACCUAAACAGAUUAAAGGAUUUUAAAAAAAGCAUGUCUUAA